UUUUUUUUUCUUGACAAUAUAAAUACAAUAGGGUUUCCCUUUCAAGAUCCACAUCUCCUACAACUAUUGUUGGAAAACUUUACACUUCUUUUAUCUUUCUUUGUAUACUAUUCUUCUUGAAUAAGGGACGGACAAGCCACACGCUUUUCUAGCAGUCUAUUUAUUUGUACGAUAGCAGCUAUUUUGCUUAUUUACCUUUCCCUUCACACGCACACAUACGCACACAGACACACACACACACAUACAUCACAUCACAUCACAUCACAUCACAACAUAGACAAAAACCAAUGUCACUGGCAGAUCCAACUACGAUCAACGAAAAAAGAAUCUCCCGUAAAUUAACUGUCAACCUUAAUCAACAUUCAGUCAAUGUACGCCCCGUUAUUAAAGGUGCCUUUAAAGAAGCUUCCAAUACAUUAACCGAAGCCUAUAUGAACGAUUCCAUUAUGGGAUGGUGCUUCCGCGGUUUGGAAAAAAGCAAGCAUGAAGACUUUUUGUAUACCCUCUUCAAAAAUAUGAUCAAUUCAGCAUCCCUUCAAAGUCGUGACUUUGCCCUUCAAGUGGAAGGUUGUAAGGGUGUUCUGAUAUGGACCAACAAUCCCAAUGGCUGUCCCUGGCCUCGUGUGAUCAGCGCUGCUAAAUUAGCUCGUUUCAUUGGUUAUGCAGCAGCCGUACGCGCCAUCGUGAAAGUGGCUCCUUCCUGUGAAAAGAUGAGACGUAAAGUCAUGGCAGCCUAUCCAAAGUUCAUCACCAUUGGUUAUGUGGGUGUAUUGCCGCAUGAACAACACAAGGGCUACGGUACCGCCCUUGUCAAUCAAGUGUUGACCAAGGCAGAUGAAGCAAAAUACCCCGUUUACGUCGAAGCAUCUGAUCCUGCCAGUGUUCAAUUCUUUGAAAGCUUUGGCUUCAAGGUGCAAGCCACUGUCUUUAUUGCGAACCGUGAAGAAUUACCCGUUGCAUUGAUGGUGCGUCUGCCGCCUAUUGCAGGAGAGCCUGAACGUCUUCGUAUUCGUCCUGGAAGACGUGACUCUGAUAACUCUCUGUAGUAUAACAUGAGACACAUUUUAUUAUUUGUAUUCAUACUGUCUCUCUCUCUCCCCUAGUUCACUUUACUUUUUAACUAUUACUUUUAUAUUCAUUUUUUCUUCCUUUGUACAUAUUCCCGUCAAUGACCCUUUUAUUUCCCUACUUUUAUAUUUUUGUCACCCUUUUUUUUUUUGUAUUUUUCUGCAUACACACUAUAGGACA